AUGCCUCGAGUCGUUCCUCCCAUCGAUGGGAGAACGUCCAGCAGCAACCUUCCCCCCUCCAUCAUAGAGUCCACUGCGGGCUUCUCAGCAGGCGUCGUUGCAACGUUGGCAGUACACCCGUUUGAUAUCCUGAAGACCAGGCUACAAUUGGAAAUUGAUCGUAAGAGUAAGCCUGGGGACUCGUUGCGGGUACUACGCCAAAUUGUUCGCGAUGAGGGAAACUUCAAGGCUUUGUACAGAGGGCUCAUGCCAAACAUGAUUGGCAACUCAGUGAGCUGGGCUCUAUACUUCCUCUGGUAUCGUAAUUUGAAAGAUAUCAUGCAAUCAUAUCGCGGAGGAGAGCGGCUUCAUUCUAUGGAUUACUUCGUUGCAUCUGGGACCUCAGGUAUACUGACGGCCGUAUGUACGAAUCCAAUAUGGGUCAUCAAGACACGGAUGAUCUCCACAGGAGCAAAUGCUCCAGGUGCUUAUAAAAGCAUUUCCGAUGGCAUUCGAAGGCUGUACAAGUCCGAGGGCAUACCUGGAUUUUGGAGAGGCCUACUUCCUUCCUUGUUUGGUGUCUCACAUGGGGCCAUCCAAUUUGUGGCGUACGAACAACUCAAAAACCGUCGGUCCGAGUACAAAGGGAGCGGCGUUGAGCUGAGCAAUUGGGACUACCUGACGCUCAGUGGAAUGUCCAAGAUAUUUGCAGGCAGUGUUACCUAUCCCUACCAAGUCGUGCGAUCACGCCUCCAGAUCUACAAUGCCAGAGAGCUGUACAGCGGUGCCACAGACGUUGUAGUACAGGUCUGGAGGAAGGAAGGUGUCAUGGGUUUCUACAAAGGCAUCAUCCCGAACAUCGUCAGGGUACUGCCGUCGACAUGCGUCACCUUCCUGGUUUACGAGAACACAAAAUACUACUUGCCGAAGUUCUGGCAAGAUGAUGUGACGCUCGAUGACUGA